AUGGAGAGAGUUGUAGAAGUGCACAAGUUACUAAGAUAUAAAGGCUUUGGAAUGAUGGCUGAUACUGCGGAUCAUGCACCGCCUCAGUUUGAGUAUGAGGAACGAUUUUCUGAUCAGUUAGAGAUGAAAAAAUUUAAUACUGGUCCACGUGCUGAUAAAUCUCUCCCUAAACCAGUGGCAGUAGUUGGUGUUGGUAAUCAUCAUCAGUAUCACGCACCUCCAAGUAUACGGCAGCCUACAGCAGAUGACUAUGGAAUGUACUCUAGUAGACAAUACCAUCAUUCUGAAAAUCAUCCAUUUGUAACUCCUUCAUAUGAUGGAUCUAAUUUAAGUGCACAAGAAUCUUAUUCUGAUAGAGAAUUGGAACCCGUCGAUCGACUGGCACCAAAAAUACAAACUAUAACAACGCCUGGUGAUAAAAAACAGAGAAAAAGAAAAAGGAAUAUUGAUGGAUCAAUGUCUAUAACAUCAACAACAAAAGGUACUGGUAUUGAAAAUAAAAAAAUAACAGAAUUUAUAAAACAAAGUCCAAAACGAUAUGGUGGUAGUUAUUCAAAUGGUGAUAAUAGUUCAAGUAAUGAUUUAAUAAAUGGUAUAUGUGUGUCACCAAAUUCGGGUGGUUUAAAUAAUAUAGUACCAACAUUUACAACAAUAAACAAUUCAUCAAAUCCUUCAUCGACAAUCAAUGUACAAAGGCUGACACCGAAUCAUUUAGCUAGUAAUUAUUCAUCUGGUGAUUCAAAUUUAUCACCACCAACUACUAAAAUUCGGGUGGAUUCAGAUACACAAACAGAUCAUUUUGAUACAGAAGCAAUACGUGUAGAUAAUGAUAAAAAAAAUCGUUAUAUAGAAGAUUUACUAAAAAAAACAGAAGAAUUAAAAAAUAAGUUAAAUAAAGAAAAAAGUAAAAAUGAUUCUUCUAGAGCAACAUUAAAAACUCUUUUAAUUGAAAAUACAAUAAAAGAAAGAAAAUUAAAAAAAACUAAAGUUAUGGAAGAAUGUUUGAGGAUAGGACAAUUCAAACCAAUGAGGCAUGGUGAACAAUUUAAAGAUGUAUGGCAAGAUGGAUGGGCAUUUGAAGAUAUUCAAAAAAAAAUGGAAAGAAUUAAUAAUGAAAAAAAUGAAAUUAAUGUUGCAUCAAAUAAUUUAAAAAAACGAAAACCAACAAAUGCUAGAGAAUCUAAAAGGCCUCAAAUUAAUGUUGGAGAAAGUUUCUCAGUAACAAAUCCUUCAUCAUCUUCCUCCUCAUUAUCAACAUCCUAUUCAAUGGAUGAUGGUUUUGUUAAACCAGAAUUACCUAAAUAUUUAACUGUUGAAGAGUAUUAUGAACAAGAUGAAAUAUUACGUCUAAGGCGUGAACAUUUAAAAAAGGAGGAAGCAGAUGUUCAAAUGGAAAAAGAUCGUUUAGAAAGAGAAAGAAAUUUACAUAUAAGAGAAUUAAAACGGGUACAAUAUGAGGAGAAUAGUCGUUUUAAGACAUAUGAAGAAUUAAAUAAUAGAUACUUAUGUUUAUCAUUGUUAGGAAAGGGUGGUUUUUCAGAAGUGUGGAGAGCAUUUGAUUUAGAAGAGAAUCGUUAUGUAGCUUGUAAAAUUCAUCAUGUUAAUAAAGAUUGGAAAGAAGAUAAAAAAGCAAAUUAUGUUAAACAUGCAGUACGUGAAAAAGAUAUUCAUAAAUCAUUAGAUCAUCCACGUAUUGUUAGGUUAUUUGACUUAUUUACUAUAGAUAAUCAUUGUUUCUGUACAGUAUUGGAGUAUUGUGAUGGUAAUGAUUUAGAUUUUUAUCUAAAACAACAUAAGCAAAUACCAGAAAAAGAGGCACGAAGUAUAAUGAUGCAAAUAGUAUCAGCAUUAAAAUAUUUAUCAGAAAGGAAGCCACCAGUAAUACAUUAUGAUUUAAAACCGGCUAAUAUCCUAUUAAAAUCGGGUACAACAAGUGGUGAAAUAAAGAUAACAGAUUUUGGUUUAUCAAAAAUAAUGGAAAAUGCUGAUGAUUCUGAUAAUAUAGAACUAACAUCACAAGGUGCUGGUACAUAUUGGUAUUUGCCACCUGAAACAUUUGUAAUGAGUCAUACACCAGUAAAAAUUAGUUCAAAAGUUGAUGUGUGGAGUGUUGGUGUUAUAUUUUAUCAAUGUCUUUAUGGUAGGAGACCCUUUGGACAUGAAUUAACACAACAAAGAAUAUUGGAAGAGAAUACAAUAUUAAAAGCAACAGAGGUUGUCUUUCCACCCAAACCACAAAUUACUUCAGCAGCACAGGAUUUCAUUAAAAGAUGUCUUCAAUACAGGAAAGAAGAGAGAGCUGAUGUACAAGAAUUAUCAAAACAUGAGUUAUUUAGACCAAGAGGACAAAAAAGUCAGCCUCCAUCAUCACCAUUAGCAAGAACAAGUCAUAGCAAAUCAGAUUACACUGAUCAAGAAAUGUGA